GCGUGAAAUGCUGAAAGUGCAUAAGUAUAGUCUGUACGGUUAUAAAAGUGUAAGACGGUAUCAAAGAACAAAUUCUGAAAUUAUAUUUUUCAAUUGAACAGCUGAGUGCUGCUAACAGCUGUCGAAAAGUGAAAAGUGUGCAACAGCAACAACAAUAUGGGAAAUGUACAAACAGGACAAUGCGAUGCCCAGGGCAUGGUUCAGCGCCGUGGAAGUAUGUCGUGGAACUUCCGUUAUCCGUUGAUGAAGCGCCGCGAUCAAACAGCAACGAUCGUUUAUAAUAUGAAAAUGAGUAUCGCGGAUUGGCUGGAUUUGCUCGGUUUGCAGCAGUAUGAAACCAACUUCCAAAUGUAUAAUACUGUCGAAGAUAUUCUCGAUUUAACUGAUUGCGGUUUAAGGCACAGAGGCAUACGUCAGAGCAGUCAUCGAGCAAAAAUGCUAUCAAGCUUGAUGGGUGUACAGGCUAAGUGUCGACAGUCGCUGAAUAUUGAGGCUUCCACCUUACCUCGCACGCUGUCCAAGCGAAAAAACUCUUGUCCACCGAUGUAUUUAUCAAGCGAUUCCAGUGAAAUAGAGCGGUUGCUGCAGCGUAAUUGCAGUAAUCGUAAUUCAUUUUCCAAUUUUAGAACUAACAGUAAGGACUCUAAGCGUCUGACUUUUAAUGCUUCGGAUAUGAUUUACGAGGAACUAGAUCCUCCAGAAACUAAUACGACAACAACAAACGCAGCAACAAAACCGCAAAACUUAACCCACCCGGUUACUGCCGAUCGCUGUGCAUCCGACAACUACAACACAAUCCACACGAUGGACAAUGUUGGUGGAAGUGGUAACUUGAGCAGCAGUAUUGGUGGCUCUACAGCAUCUAUUGUGGGUCAGUUGCAUCUACAGCAACACCAUCAACUGCCACCCAACAGCAUGGCGGUGAGCACACCGUCUGGCGAACAACAAGAAGCAAUUGCUUUGAAGAAGGCUUUAGAAUGGGAACUCAGUUUGGAUGCAAAGGAUUUACGUUCGCAUGCCUGGUAUCAUGGACCAUUGUCACGGCAACGUGCCGAAGAGAUUGUACAGAGGGAAGGAGAAUUUUUGAUAAGAGAUUGCGCCUCCCAACCGGACAAUUAUGUUCUCACCUGUCACACCAAAACGCAGGUGCUACAUUUUGUUAUAAACAAGAUUCUUUUACAACCUGAGACGGUUUACGAGCGCGUACAGUAUCAAUUUGAGGAGGAUGCCUUUGAUGCAGUGCCCGACCUCAUCACCUUUUAUGUUGGUUCUGGCAAACCUAUUUCGGUAGCUUCCGGUGCUCGCAUACAGUAUCCCUGCAAUCGGACAUAUCCUUUAUCGUUCUAUGGACAUAAAAUUGUUGGUAAUCAUUUGCACACGCAAAUGUUGGCUGGCAUACGAGGUGCUAGCCCACUUAAUUCUCCACUAAGCCACAAUGGGAAUUUUCGCUUUGGGUCCGGUAUUAUAACACCGCAUACUCAACAGCAACAACCAGUACACAGCCCCAUGUCAUCACCGCCGCGUGUCAAACGCGAAAUACCUCCACGUCUGCCAUCAAAGAAACAGCGCUCUCAAUCCCUCACGCCAGCACAUGCCACGCCUACUAGUGUACGUCAAUCGCAUAAUAGUGAAUCGUGCUCAAGCGCUGAUGGUAUUAUACAAGCCGCGCCUACUCAACCUAAUGAGAUCGUCAAUAAUCCGAAUGGCUUCCGUGAUCAUGGUCGUCGUUUAAGCAAUUUCGAAAAGGAGGUGCUAGUUAGCGAGACGUCGUUAGUUGGUGGGGAUAAUAUAAAUUUACAAAGUCAUCUGGAGCACUUGGCGCAAGCGGGCAAACUACAUGGUAAUGGAUUUCAAACGAUCGCGCGAUGUUCCGCUGCCACUGAGGCAGUCGAUCAUUUUAAAUUCACCACACAUUCAUUGCCACGUCCCAAUACUAAUAACUUUCGCGGCAAUAGCAUUAUGCGUAUCUCAAGUUUGGCACGAGAUUUUGGUUCAGAUGCCGUUGGCUUGAGCACAAGCUUAGAGGGCAGACAAAUACCCGAGCUACCCGAGAAACCACCGAGUCCACCACCGAAGCCAGUACGCGCAAAUAGUCAGGCACGUAAAGAGAAGGAACAGCAACAGCAAUUGGCAGCGCAUCGCGCCGGUAUUGUAGGGGUUGGUUAUCACGCCAGUGGUUCUGAUUCGGGCAAUGGUUCUGGCGAUUCGGUACAGAGCUCGAUACCUGGUGACUCCAACGAGUUUACCCAACAUCGUGGUGUAAUAAUAAAGAAUCCACGCUUUUUGAGUAAUUCAGCAUCGUCGGCAGCUCUUAAGAGUCUUGCUGAUUUCGAUGUAAUUGCAGCAGAAGAGCAGCUUUUCACUAUGGAGAUACCCGAUUUCAAGCCGGUUUCUAAGUUCGACUUUGAAAACUUCAUAACACUGCUCUUACCGUCAGUGGAUAAUAAGCCAUUGGAUGGGGACGCACUUACCACUUUUAAGAUGAUGCUGCUGGAAACUGGUCCCAAAGUCAUUGCUGAGCAUAUAACGCGUAUCGAUAUUGGUCUACUAAUUGAAGAGCUGCCUGAAGAUGAAGAUCGCAAUGUAUUAGACUGCUGCGGCUUGGAGAUGCUGACACUACCAUUUGGCAAAUUAUUCCGCACUGAUUUAAUCGAACGCACACAGUGCAUAAAAUUAAUGGUCGCAGUGACAAUACUUACUUGUCAAACAGACUUGGAUCGUGCGGAAUUACUAAGCAAAUGGAUACAGAUUGCAGUGGAAACGAAAACAGCUUUGGGCAAUCUAUUCGGCUUCUGUGCCAUUAUGUUGGGCUUAUGCAUGCCCCAGAUUCAAAAACUAGAAAAAGCUUGGCACAUACUCCGCCAGAAGUACACAGACAGCGCUUUCACCUUCGAAGCCAAGCUACGACCCACGUUAAUCAGCAUGAAUGAAUGUUCCAACCCACAAGCGCCAAACACUACAGUACCACAUGUCUUACUCUAUGCGCUAUUGAAGGAUCGACCGAUCAUCGAUAUUAUCAGUGUAAAUAAUGUCAACCUGGACGAUCGCAGUUCACUGUAUGGCACUUGUAUAACAGCAUGGGAGGCUAAAGCCGACGAUUUCGGCAUGACAAUUAAUUUUCUACACUUAGACUCGGCGCGUCAUUUCCUGAACAAUUUAUCGCUGUAUAGAAAAAAUGCGAAAAUUUUACUUGAAGAGUCCAGUAAGCGAUUGGACGAAUUGCUCAGCGACGCAUUUAGAACCGAGUUCCACGUGAAAUUUUUAUGGGGUAGUAAUGGCGUCACCGCUACUCCAGAGGAUCGUCAUUCAAAACUCGAAAAAGUGCUAGCACUAAUGGCCGAUAAAUUCUGCAGUGUGGACUCUGCUGCUGGUUAAGUAAGAGGAUAUUGUGUAGAUAUAUAUACAAAAAUCGCAAAAUGCAUUUAUACUUUUAUACUACCAGAGGCAUACUUAGAUUAAGCUCGCGCCAAAUUGUUCGCUUUAUUUUGCUGGUUCGCUGUAGUAACUAGAGUAGCGAAUGGCUAGUGAAUAACAAUUCUAAACAGUAUUGUUCAUAUUAAAUGUGGAGGAGCUAUCGAAUAAGGUAGAGCGGAAUAUGCAAAAAAUUGAUACUUGGUGGCAAACAUUAAUCCUUAAAACGAUCUCAGGACAAAUAAUAAAAAAUACAGACCUAUCUGGUGUACCCGUACUAGAAUUGCACUAGUAACACGCUGGAAAUUUAUUUAAAAAUUUUAAUACCUUUUGGAUGCAAAUGCUAUAUUUAUCGAAAAAUGAUGUAUGUAAUUGAAAACCGGUAUCUGAGGCUUCCAAUGCGUCUGACUAUGUUUGACAAGCAGAGUGCAAAUUCAGCUUUUUUACGAAACAUUACAAUUUCUGGCGAUUAAAAUUUGCCUAAUAAAUUUUUUUAGCAGAUUGAAAUUGCUUCAAAGAAAGGUAGAAACGUAUAAUGAAAAUGAAGUCUGAGCCCUUUGUAAUAGAAAUCCACUUUUAUACAUUUAAAGAGUUCCAAAAGCGAGAUUAACAGUGGCUAAGAACAAUAUAUUAAUGUGUACUUUAUAGUUCUGGCGUUAUGUUACAAUAGAGAGAGAUGAGGGAACAUCAUACAUUAGUUAUUACGAGUACAUCGAAGUUUAUGUAGAUCUUCUAGAAACAUAGUGAUCUUUUAAAAUGGUUUGCCGAAGUUAUAUGAUUUCAAUAUUUCUGAUGCACAGGCACACAGUGUUUUGUAACUACUCGCAUGUUGAACAUAUUGCUAUAUCUGCCAGAGUGAAGCUGAGGAUAUCACUAUUCUGUUACACAUUCCCUUAAAUAGUUUUACUUUAUGACAUAAUGAAAAAAUGUUCCAAAACAUUUGCCAAAUUACCGGUAUAAAGGACCCUGAAAGAAUAUGCAUUCCACAUUUACUCUGAUCUCGAAUUGAAUACACCAAAUUAGUAAGUAAAGAAUAUCAAAUACAACAUAUUAUGUAAUUAAUUAUACAUUUAUAGAGCAGUAUUGUAGUACUUAAUAGCUAUUUACUUUUCAUUUUGAUACCAAGUAUUAUAUGCAAAGUUAGGAAACAUGGUUUGGCUUGUCGGUAAUAUUUAUUGGAAAAAAUUAAACAGUAGUUUAGAGGCAUUAAGCGUGUUAACAAUUAGCAAUUUGUCUUAAAAAUUUUAGUUUGUUUACUUAUGCGUUUUGGGUAUAAUAUCUUAUCAAAGUUGCGACCUAAAAAGUUCUGUUCAAACUUCUGUGACUUAGUGCUUACGUCAUAAGGUAGAGGAAUUACUAGAUGAAAUUCUCAAGGCAUUUUGCCCAAGAAUAUUAUGUAAUUUAAUAAGAUCCAAGCAAAGACAUAGGAAAUGUACACCGUUUAAUCUCAUUGCUAAUACCUGGUAUUUCGUUAAUACCGCGGCUCGUAAGAAUCGAUUUUGUAGAGAAAUUGAUGACGAUACGGGAACUCAGUCAAUACUUACAAUGCUAUUUUUAAAGCUUGGAAUAAAAAACUGAUAUUACUGACAAAAAUAUGUGUAUAUACCAUACAUAUGGUAUAUAGAUGUGUUUUGGGUUUCGGUAAUAUCAACUCCAAACACAAUCCUCAUAUCCUUACUCUAUUCACCAUGCAACGUAAAAACUAAUAUUUUUUACUCUUUCAUUGGCAUUAAGUUAAGUCAUAAAUUCCAUAAAAACACUGAAAAAUUCUUUUGGUAUGCUGCAAAGAAUAUUGCUCUUUCCUUCUGCUGUCCAAACUGCAAUCAAAAUUCGAUUUGGAAAAGUUCAAUAUGUCCAUUAAAAACUGCGGAGGAAUGGUUUCGACGAUUCAGAGCGGGUGAAAACAACACCAUUGAUAAACCAGCCGGUGCAAGACCUGUGACGACGAAUACCGAUCAAAUCCCGGAAAACAUCGAGUUAGACCGGCAUGUGGCAUCUCAUGACAUCGCCCGACAUUCGACAUUUGAAACCAUCUGCAAAAAGCUAGAUACACAAAAAAGCUUGAUGUUUGGGUCCCGCAUGAUUUGACGCAAAAAAACCUUCUGGACCAAAUCAACGCCAA